UUCCACGCUGCCUGCACCCGGGAAGGGCGCGUCGAGUUGCCCCGGGGACGACUGCUGGUGGCGGCUUCUCCCGGCGGACUGACCGGCGUCCCGUUUGUGCUCAGGUGAUGACGGUGGCGACAUGGAGUUCCCUGAGCACGGCGGGCGGCUGCUGGGCCGCCUGAGGCAGCAGCGCGAGCUGGGCUUCCUGUGCGACUGCACCGUGCUGGUGGGCGACGCGCGCUUCCCCGCGCACCGCGCGGUGCUGGCCGCGUGCAGCGUCUACUUCCAUCUCUUCUACAGGGACCGGCCCGCCGGCAGCCGCGACACGGUGCGGCUCAACGGCGACAUCGUCACGGCGCCCGCCUUUGGCCGUCUGCUGGACUUCAUGUACGAGGGCCGCCUGGACCUGCGCAGCCUGCCUGUCGAGGACGUCCUGGCUGCGGCCAGCUACCUGCACAUGUAUGACAUCGUCAAAGUCUGCAAGGGCAGGCUCAGGGAGAAGGACCCGGACCUAGAGAUGCAUGCCUCUGAGGCAGUAUGUGGCCAGCCACCACGCCCCCUGCCUUCCUGGACCCCUGACUUCAGGCCAGCUACAAAGAAGGUUAAGCCCCCGCCCCUAGGGGUCAAGGCUGUCCUUUCUGUGCCAGCAUCUAGGCCUCCUUGGCAGGAUCCACCAGAGUCAGGCGGAGCCCUUGACCUGUCACUGAAGCCUAGCGCAAGACAAGAGCCAGUCCACCCACCCUACAUCCUCCAGACACCCCUUUGCAGCUGGGUACAAGGGCCCCAGCCACUGGUGAAGGGUGAGCGGGACUCACUGUCUGAACAGGAGGCCAGCAGCCCUCAGAGCCCCUCCAGCCCCCAGCCCACAGCCUGUGCUUCUGCAGGCCGGGCCCUGGCUGCGGACCUGGAGCCAAGGCCCAUCCGAGGGUCAGACAGCCAACAGCUGGGGCUGGAUGCAGGACUGGUAGCAGGCACCGAGGAGCUGGGUGCCAGCAGGCACCUCUGCAUCUGCCCAUUGUGCUGCAAGCUGUUCCCUAGCGCCCAUGCCCUGCAGCUACAUCUGAGCGCCCACUUCCGAGAUCGGGAUGUCACCAGGGCCCGGAUGUCCCCAGAUGGCACUGUGCCCACAUGCCCACUUUGCAGCAAGACCUUCUCGUGCACAUACACGCUGAAGAGGCACGAGCGGACACAUUCUGGGGAGAAGCCCUACACGUGCGUGCAGUGCGGCAAAAGCUUCCAGUACUCCCACAACCUGAGCCGACAUGCUGUGGUCCACACUCGGGAGAAGCCCCACGCCUGCCGCUGGUGUGAGCGCCGGUUCACACAGUCUGGGGACCUGUAUCGUCAUGUCCGCAAGUUUCAUUAUGGCUUGGUCAAGUCCUUGCUGGUGUGAUGGGCUGCUCUGCAUAGCCAGGGUGGGGGCCAGAGAAGGGACAGGGCUUCUCAGAUGAAACUCUGGGGCCUGAGGAAGCUCAAGCAGGUGUACACCCUCCCCUCACCCCAAGCUAGAAGGUUCUACCUGCCCAUUGAACAGUUAAUGCUGCUGCUCCCUGGAUAGGGCCCAUGGUGACUCACAACCUUCCUCGGGAUUUGCCCUCCCUCUGCGCCCCACUCUUCACUCCUGAGCACAGGUUGCACCCUGCCCAGGCCAGAAUGGGGUCUUCCUCAGUGUUCCCUCCAGCUAGGCUCUGGGGGUGUCUGAUGGUGCUGUUCACUGGGCUUGGGCUCAGUGAUGUGAGCUGACAUGGCUGUUCUCUGAUCCAGAACUUCCUUGACCACCCUGCUGGGAUGCUUGAGGGUGCCCUUGUAAGCCUGGUGCCAUGAUAGAAUGACUCACUUGUCAAGAAAGUCUUAGCAGGAGUGCUGAACAGGGUGCUCCAAGGGAAGAGGCCACUCCUGGUGAAUGGCAGCAGGAACCCCUGUUGGGAAGGCCUUGAGCACAGCAAGUACCAGCAGGGGCCAUGGAGACGCAGCUGGCCUGGUAGGGAACAUAGCCCCAGUGAAGACCCUGGGGCAGUAGGAAGGAGGGUAGCUAAAGCUAGCUGGCUCUGGAGUUCUGUCAGUGGAACAUGGGCCCUGCAGAGCAUACCAUCCUGCUGCACUAAUUGUAACUUUAGGCAAAGGAAGUGGAGAUUUGGAAAUGGAUUCUCAUCAGAUCCAGGUAGCCUCCCAGGGAUGCCAUACAUCUGCUAGUGGGUAAAGGCUGUGCCCCUGUUAGAGACUGCUGCUGGUCCCCAGCAGGCCUGCCCUUCAGGCUCACUCUCCUGCCUGCUGGAGGUCUCCCCAGAGGCUAUGGUCAUCCCAACAGUCCUGAGCACCAGGCCAAAGGCUUUCCUGCUUAUCAGGAGAGCUGCAUACAAGGUUUCCCCACACCGUCGCAUGGGCAAGGAGGAGGCAGGCACCUCUAUACAGACUUGAGGGUGUGGAGGACUGUGUCCACUGGCUUGUGGCUACCAGAACCUGGAUCAUUUCAGGAAGGGAGUGGAGUGGGAGUAGCCUCAGGUUCGGGUCAACAGGUGGUAGAGCUGCCUGGACACUUGGCUAUCUCCUCAGCCCACUCACACACAUACCAGGCCUGUCUCUGCUGAUUGCAAGUGGCCUGAAGGACAGUUGAACUGAGUCUUAAGUUGUUGUGUCUUUGAUAACACUUGAUAUAUUUAUUUGUCCACCUGGUCUAGAGCAAAGUGACAGUUGGUCUUCCCUGAGGUGGACAAGACCCAUCAUUUACUCCCUGUGAGCUCUGGGCUUUCCUGCUGUGUCCAUGGGAGGACAUUGACUCAGUAAUGCUCCAGGGCUCUGAGCCCUUGGCCAGCUGCAGCCAGGGAGCUAGAGAACAGGGGAACCCUUGCUUCUGGCAUCCUGGCUCCCAACCCCCACCUCUGGAAAGGCUAGCAGGACCUCGGGAUUGUGCUGUGCGCUCCAUGGCCUGGGGUUUCUGCCUGUGCACGCAUGCAGAAGGCUGCAGGUGAGCAGCACAGCACCACCCAGGCAGAGGGCAGUGUGUCACUGGUUUUCCCCGAGUGCUUUCCUGGGGCAGGGAGCCUGCCCUGCCUUGUCAACACUGGACUCAUUGUCUUUGGUGCAGUUACUGUGAAGUUAACAUUGAAGGGAAGUGACCCAUUUUAAGUUAUAAUUGGCAUGGUUCAGAUAAAACAUGUGCGUGCAUACAUGUCUGACACACUACUUGUGUGGAGAGCAUGGGAGAGGUGAAUGGGGGCCAGGUGCAGCCUGCUGUGUGGGCCAACUCAGGCACUGCCUGUGGUCUUACCAGUGCUCUGCCACUAUAGGGGCAGCCAGUAGUUAACCCCAGGGGACAGUUCUUCCCACUUAGGUUUGGCUAGGAUGUUUCUUUGCACACCUCUAUGCUGCUCCUAGUAGUGAGUGUUGUCUUCCUAUUUCACAUACCUUUGUCCCUUUCUUGGUCAUAAUGAUGGUUAUAAUAAAGUUACCAUAUGUGGAAAA